UUAAAUUUCUUGAUUUUUCGAUUUGCGACCAACUUUUCUUUUUCUAGAUUUUUCAACUUUUCGAUUGAUCGAUUUUUUGAUUUUUCGAAUUUUUGGUAUGUCCAUUUAUCGAUUUUUAAAUAUAUCGAUUUUUAGACUUGUCGUAUUUGGAUUUUUCGGUUUUUUAAUUUUUCAAUUAUUUCAUUUCAAUUUUACACCUAUUCUCAGUCGAUCGGACCCAUUUUAACCAAUCACAGUUCAAAAUCCCUAGACUUUAUUUGUUACAGUCCCAGCUUAAAAAUCAACAGGUGGUUCCAUCUUUAUCCCCUAUAAUCCAUAUCCUGACGUUUAUUUCCCAGUUAUGCGGGUUUUACAGACACCACCUGAAAAACAACCCGAAAAAGCGGUCAACACAUUCGUUCCACAAACAAAUUCCUAACACCCCUCAUUACCCAGAACCCAAUUUAUAAAAUAAACAUUUACCUGACAAUUCAAUAAUUGAUAUCAGACGUGGCGAUUUCAACAUCAAAAUGGCCGCCAAAUCCACAAUUCGUGUGCUCAUCAUCAUUAUUACCGCAAUACCCAUUAUUGGUGUUACAAAUUUUACCAAAGAGGCUAAUUUUUUUGCUAAAGUUCUACCUCACUAUAGACUUUUCCACUUGAUUAUGCACAUCGACAAUGCUUCGGAAGACUUAGCCAACGAUUUUUUAAACUUAUACCCUACAGUUGUCAACAUUUACAACUAUGACACUAGUCAAUUUUUACCCUUCCAGAACAAACCACCCGGAAUUAACUACUUGAACGUCGUACUUUUGGCCACCCCAUUAAAAUUUUCGCCAUUUUUACUAAACACCGACGUCGUAUAUUCCAGUGAUGUCAUAAUGUUCAUUACAGACUCUGCAUCUUUCAAAAUUUUCACCAAAGAUUUUGCUAGUUUACCCAAUUUGGACAGAUCUGGAGGAGUCGUCGUGGUCAACUUUGCCAAAAAUGUGGAACUGUACACGAUUUGCUACUACUGUGGCGACGUCAGUGGAAGACUGACGUCACUCCAAAAUGUGUCAUACGACCACGAUUUAACGAAGUCCAAUUUUUCGUUUACCACCAAGUCCAAAAAUUUUGGUGGCCACCUCAUCAAAAUUAUUUACGGAGAGUACUUCCCGUACAUGUUUUGCAAAAAAAAAAGUUCGAAGGCCGAAGUAACAGUUUGUGAAGAGGCCGCUGGGUCGGAAAUCGAGCUCUUGAACACCCUCAGCCACAAAUUGAACUUUACCUACCAGUUGAUCGAAGAUUUUGACUACGACGUACUGAUAGAAGAGGUGGUGUCGGGGAAGGUGGAUCUUGGAAUUGGAGGGAUUUCAGCCACGACCAAACGCAUUAGCAGCCUGAGGUUCAGCUCAGUGCUUAGGUUCGAACCGCUUUUGCUGUUCUAUGUGUACCAAAAACCACUGCUGUCGAAAUUGUACGAAUACGAAAUCGCAAAUUUAGUGCUAGAAGUGUUUCUUCUAGUGGUAACACUUGUUCUAUCGGUACUUGUAAAAGUACUACUCAGAAAAUACUUAGUUCAAACCAAACUAAUGGACAUCGUCAUGGUGUUCGUCAAAGGCAGGUACGAACAAUCUACGAACAUUAACACCACUGUCUUGAAGAACACCCACUGUUCCGUUCUUCUUGUUUUUACCAGCUGGUGGAUCUUUGUAGUCGUUGUUAACGUGAUCUACAAAUCUCAAUUAGCGUCUUUAUUGAUCCCAAAACCCACCCAAUCUGUAACUUUCGAGAACUUGGUAGAUCAAGGGUACGAAAUCAUUAUGAACAGUAACGUCACGUACGAACACAUGUUUCUGGAAAACGAAGUGCGACUGAUUGAAAGACCUAGCACCAGAUGGAUGUCGGACUUUUGCUAUAUCCAGUCAACCAUUUACGACAAUAAAGCCCUUCUUGCUGGAGAAUUCAUGUUGAAUAUUAUUCAUUUCAACACCCCUUGUUUGAUUUUUAAUCACACUACCGAAGAUGUCAAAAAAUUGUCUACAGAAAAGUUUUCGGUGAGUCCUCACGCGUGGCCCUUCAGACCUGGAAUUCCCUUCGUCGACGAGUUUAAUAAAGGCAUUAAGGAAGUUAUGAGAGGUGGAUUGCUGAAGAUGUGGGAGGACAAGCUUUUACUAAAAUACAAUCUCUACUCAUUUUCGAAAAAAUUCUCCCUAGACAAGGAUCACAAAAUAAUCAAUUUUGACACUUUCGUGUUGCAUUUUCUUGUCUAUUUGGUGUUGACAACACUCUCUUUUGUGUGUUUUUUGUCCGAAAUGUUGUAUUUUUGUUAUCAGAAGAGAAGAAUGGUUUGAACGUGUUUUUUUUGUUUGAAUAAAUAAUUGUUUAAUUACUUAGUAACUCACUUAACUUAUUUGGUAACGAGCCAGUCUGAGAACGACAAUGUUUGGGAAAGUCGUGGUUUUCGGGUUAUUAAUACCACUAAUUUUUGCUACCAAUUUACUACUAGACAAAAUUUCUAGCCAGGAUGGGUUUUCCCUAAAUUAUUUUUUACGUGAUCAGUUACAACUUCAUUUGGUUUUACAUUUCGAUAACGCGACUAAGGUUGCUGCAAAUUUGUUUCUAAUGACGUUAUCAGCUUCAUUGACACUAGUUAACCACGAUAUUGUCAAUAAUCAGCCCAAUUUAGAACAACAGUGUAGUGUCAAAUAUUUGCAUCUGGUGCUAUUAUCCAACCCUUUGACAUUUUCUAAACUGUGUACAUCAGAUUUUGUUGUGUUUUUCACCAACCCAACUAAUUUUCCACUGGGGUCUGAAAAUUUUUCCAGCUUGUCAGGUUUAGAAAAAUCGGGAGGUGUUGCCGUAGUCAAUUAUGCCGAAAGUGUAGAAUUAUAUACCAUCUGCUUCUAUUGUGGUGACAUUAAAGGCAAAAUGACUCUGUUGCAGAAAUCAUCGUACGAUCAACCCCUGGACAUAGAAUUUCUAUUUUCGAACAAGUUCAAAAAUUUCGGUGGUCACCUAUUCAAAGUCGCCUACAUAGAUUAUCUU